AUGUCCAACCCACGAGUCAAGCGUCCAUUUGCUGGUGCGGCUGCCGACCCAUCGCAGCGCCAAAUUACGUCCUUCUUCAACGCACAGUCACCCGGACAACCCGUCCCAUCCACUCGGGCCCCUGCGCUCCCAGCCAACGUCCAGUCAAACCUCAUUAGUGUGGGCAUGCGUGUGCGCAAAUCCGUCCCGGAGGGGUACAAGACCAAGGGUACCAGUGCAUUCAAGCUCUGGACUGACGACCGCACACACGUUGCCCCUAAGACCUCACCCACCUCGGCCAGGGUCGUGUCCAGGGAGCUCCUGCCAUUCUGCGGCAUCAACAAAGUCGGAGGCUUGGAUACUCAACCUGCUGUCGAUAGGGAUGAUUACAGCGACGAAGAUGACACCCCUGGCCUGGAUGAUAUGCCGGGGCUCACCAUGUCUCAAGAGAGUGCGGAAAGUAUUGAUUCUUCCUCGACGUCUCGCAAGCGUUUCCUGGAUGACGACGAGGAUGAGGAUCCCCAAACUCGAAGCUUGACCCCUGUCAGUCUUGUGAACGAGCGCAUCAAGUCUGCCCCACGAUCUCGCUUCUCCAAGAAGUCUUCUAGUGGUGGAUAUUAUGGACAAGAGAACAUGGCUACCGGCAAUGAUUUUGAGGACGCCGACUUCCUCGUCUUUGGAAGCGGCGAGGAGAUGGAUACAGCAAACUAA